AUGGAAUUACCACCGCUGGCGCCAGUCCCACCAUCCCCCGUGCGGAAUCACAUCCCAAAUGAGGAAUGGGAAGCAUGUCUGGAUGCGUGGAUCGCACUCACUGAGCUGCGCUUGCGCAUAUCGGCCAAGGAAUUUGGAGAAUGUGCCGCGAAAGAUGCAUUCUACGCUUCCUUUCUCUCGUCGUACUUCCAGCAGAUGGCCGCCUCGAACGACCCGCGUCUGCAUGCGGGGCAGAAGGCGAGGAAUCUGCGGAGGUUGAAUUUCCUGCUGACGAAGAGGCUGCUGCUGGAGGUGUCGCCGACAUCGCCGGAGCUGCUGGAUUGGAAGUUCCUCGGUGACCUGAGCAUCUGCUAUCAUUCCAGCUCUGCUUUCAGGGCCGUGAUAUCAGAAGUAUGGGCCAGAUACCAGGAGACGAUAACAUCCAGCCUGGACAGCGGAAAGUCAGCAAUCAUGAAGCAGCUCUCUGCAUCAGCUUCUUUAACGGCAUCUGAUUUGCUUUUUCACAUUCGAAGAUUGACUGUUCUUGCCUCCGCACUGCCUGCCGCGGGCCAUGUCCUAAUGACAGGCUCCGAUUUUUUAGAUGCCAUCUACGACGCAUACAAAUCCAAGGCGCAUAAGAGCGACGGUGAAGCUCUUCGAAGCGCGCUCAUUGCGAUUGCAUACGUGGGUUUGACGUCCCUGCUCAAGGGCCCCAAACCGAAUCUGUCACUGCUCCUGGACCAUCUGUUCACCCUGAAGGUGGCUGCAGGCGUGGAUACCCCUGAUGCCAAAAAGGAGCCCGUCUUGUUGUCGGACUUGGUUUGCAGUACAGACAUGCUCACGCGGAUGGAACGAUACUUGAUCAGUUUCCCCCAAAGACGAGGCCAAGAUCUCGUCGCUACUCUGCGAGCAUACCAGCGGGAGACAAAACCGCUUCACAAUCGCUACCAGAAGCACAAGAGAAAAGACAAGGGCAAAGGACGAGCUCACGACGGAGUUGUCGAGGGAGAAUUUCACGCUCACAAGAUGUCUCUCAUUACGCAGAUCCAGGACCUCUUUCCGGACCUGGGAUCUGGAUACCUUGCACGAUUGCUUGACUUCUACGACGACAACGUCGAGACAGUCAUUGCGCAUCUUCUUGAUGGGUCACUACCGCCUGAACUCCAAUCUCUGGACAAGUCUGAGCAGCUUCCGGAUGCGCAGUUGGUUUCGCACGACGUUAUGGAACCGCGUCCAACAUCCCCGGAAGUCCCACCACCACCACCACCACCACUACCUUCGGAACCCACCUUCACCCGCAGAAUCAAUCUUGAUGAUGACGAAAUCGUCGAAGCAGCCCGGUCCGGAGAUGCAGGCCGGAAAGUGCAUUUCGGACGUGCAAACGCAGAGCUGACCGCGGAUGCUAUGCUGGCGGACCGCAGUCAGCACGCGGCCAACAAGGCAGCAAUCCUGUCUGCCCUGGCCACGUUUGAUUCCGACGACGACGAGCGCGAUGACACAUACGACGUGGCGGACGUCGGGGGAACGGUCGAUUCCGUGCCCACGGGCACCGACGCCGAAGCGGAGCAAGUCCGACGUGACCGCGCUGAAGAAACCGAAAUGACGCUUUUCCGCGCCUACAAGUCGAAUCCGGAACAGUUCGCGCGCAAUUCGGCAACCCGUCGCUCACAGCCUCGGACGGCGCUCAAGCGGGAGACGGGCAUGACCGACGAGGCAAUAGAAGGAUGGGCGCUGAUGCUGGAGCGUGAUCCUAAACGGAAAUCCAGGCUGGAGGCAAAACUGGCCCUUGAGGCUGGAGGAAGAGGAGGAGGUGGUGGUGCAGGAGCUGUCGCUCAGCCAGAGCUUCCUUCAACCUCGUAUCGAAGACCAAAUCCCAAGGAUGCGGAAGCAGACACCGAGACUACGGGAGAAGAAGAAGCCGAAGAGACCAGCGAUGGAGCCGCCGCCGGCGGCAGAGGCAGAGGUGGAGGUGGAGGUCCCGCCCGUGGUCGGGGUGGCGGCGGUCGAGGACGUGGUGAUGGCCGUGGUGGCCGUGGAGGCAGUCGAGGCGGUGGCCGGGGCAAAGCAAACCAUCAUCGACGAGAUCAACAUGCUAAGAAGAUGGCCAGAGCUGGUGCCCUACCCGGAUGA